AUGACUUCAGCAAUAGUAGAUCGCGAUGUAUAUAUUGUAGAAUGUGUCCGUACACCAAUUGGUAGAGGAUAUAAUAAUGGAAUGCUACACUCUAUUCAGCCAGUUGACCUACUUGCAAUGACACUGGAUGAGUUGAUGAAGCGCAGUGGAGUUGAUAAAGGAUUGGUUGAGGAUAUCAUUGGUGGUGUCGUGUCACCUGUCAAAGAGCAAGGUGCCAACAUACCAAGGUUCGCUGCACUCAAGGCUGGUUUCCCAAGACAUGUACCUGCUGUCCAAUUGAACAGAAUGUGUGGAAGUGGACAACAAGCUAUUCACUUUGCUGCACAGGCUAUUGCUGCUGGAGAUAUAGAUGUUGCCAUUGGAUGUGGUGUGGAGAUGAUGAGCAUUGUACCAAUGGCUUCAGAUUGGCAGAUGGACAACUCUGACUUUGUAAAGGGAUUCGACUUUAAGGUCUUGCAUCAGGGUGUGUCGGCAGAGAUGAUCGCUGAGAAGUACAAGCUCACUCGUGACGAGCUCGACCAGUUCUCAGGCCGUUCACAUGAGUUGUGCGACCGCGCUGCCAAGGCCGGCUACUUCAAGAGUCAGAUCAUGCCCAUCAAGGUUGGCGACAAGGUGUUUGACCAGGACGAGGGCACACGUGUGCCAGUCGACUAUGCCAAGAUGAAGAAGCUCAAGACUCCAUUCAAGGAGGGUGGUCUGAUCACUGCGGCCAAUGCUUCACAGAUCAGUGAUGGCGCAUCGGCCGUCCUGCUAUGCUCUGGCAGGAAGCUCAAGCAGCUUGGACUGAAGCCACGCGCCAAGAUCAUCACCUGUGUCGUUGUUGGCUCAGACCCCGAGUACAUGUUGCUGGGACCAAUCCCCGCCACACAAAAGGCACUCAAGAACACUGGCAUGACCGCCAAUCAGAUCGACGUCUUUGAGAUCAACGAGGCGUUUGCUUCUGUCGUGCUCUCAUGGGUCAAGGAGCUCAAGAUCGACAUGUCCAAGGUCAACCCCAAUGGAGGUGCCAUCGCUCAUGGACAUCCACUUGGCGCCACUGGUGCCAUCCUAAUGACCAAGAUGGUCAACGAGUUGGAGAGAACUGGACAGCGUUACGGAUUACAAACAAUGUGCAUUGGAUUUGGCCAAGCAACCGCGACCAUCAUCGAGAACUGCUCGUACAAGCCUCAGCCAAGGUUG